AUGCUGUCUCAAGGCGUCCAUGCGGUACCAGACAGUGAUUUGACCUCCAUCAUGUCCAAGACACAAGAGCACCAACACAUCGAACAUCUCGUAGAGACAAAACUCCCAACCAGCCCAAUCUACAAAUUCCUCCUCACACCAGUCAACAUCACCAGCGCGACGAAAGGUCAUGUGGUAGCACGUCUUCCGCUCAGCGAAGACCAUCUUAACAGCCAGCAGAGUCUGCAUGGCUCGGUCACCGCUACAAUUGUAGACUGGAUGGGUGGCAUGGCUAUUUCCUCGUACGACCUCCGCGCAGGCAGUGGUGUCAGCAUAGACAUCCAUGUCACAUACCAAUCUGGCGCCAAAGCCGGCGAAGAGAUCGAGAUUGAAGGCAUCGCCGAACGUGUCGGUGGUUCGCUUGCCUUCACGAAGAUCAACAUCUUCAAGGUUGAGGAUGGAAAGAGAGGCAAGGUGGUGGCGACUGGCACGCACACCAAAUUCGUGAAGGGCUCAGAGCCAAAGAAGGUUUAA